AUGCGUUCCACCAUCGUUUCCUGCCUCCUCGGGGCUAUCUCAACCGUCAAUGCCAUCGCUACCAUCUCGGUCAAGGGCUCCAAGUUCUUCACGAGUGAUGGCGACCAGUUCUUCCUCAAAGGAAUUGCCUACCAGCUUGUUCCUGAAGACCCUCUGGUCGACAGCACCCAGUGCAAGCUCGAUGCCGCUCUCAUGAAGGAGGUCGGAGCCAACUCGAUACGCGUCUACCACGUCGACCCCGACGGUGACCACAAGGACUGCAUGUCGACCUUUGAGGAUGCUGGAAUCUACCUCUGGGUUGACUUGGACACCUUCACCACCCAGAUCAAUCAGGACUCGCCUCACUGGAACGCGACUCAAUUGCAAGCCUUCGAAAAGGUCAUCGACGAGUUCCAGCAGUUUGACAACACCGCUGGUUUCUUUGUGGGGAAUGAAGUUCUCACGACUGGAAAUGGCUCCGUCGCAGCGCCAUACGUCAAAGCUGCUGCUCGUGACGCCAAGGCGUAUCGCAACUCUAAGAAGUAUCGUGAUAUCCCGAUCGGGUACUCAGCUGCUGAUAUUUCUGAGCUCCGUCCUAUGCUCCAGAACUACAUGGCCUGCGGCGACAACAGCAGUGAAGCUCUCGAUUUCUUCUCUCUGAACGCCUACGAAUGGUGCGGACCGACUUCCAACUAUCAAAUCUCCGGUUACUCUCAGCUCAACGCGAAUGUCACCCAUUACAAUAUCCCCAUCUUCUUCUCCGAGACUGGUUGCAUUAAGCCUCGUCCUCGUACUUUUGAGGACCAGGCCGCCAUUUUCGGUGACCAGAUGAAUCCCUAUUGGUCAGGUGCUAUCAUCUAUGAGUGGAUCGAGGAGUCCAACGAAUACGGCCUCGUCAGCUACGGCGAGAAGGUCGACCCAGCUGCCGUAAGCGCUCCUCCGGACGGCUACCCGCGAUCUGGCACUCCUACUCCCAUCUCCCCUGACUUCGACAAUCUCUCUGAUCAAUGGAAAACCCUGACUCCUUCAGGAGUCAAGGCAAGCGCCUACACGCCCAGCCUCACUCCUCCGCCAUGCCCUGCGUAUACCUCGGAUUUCUGGGACGUGAAUGGCGGUGUCGCACUCCCAACCCUUGGCCAGACUUUCGAUGCUGCCAUCCAGAGCUCUAUCACCAAGGGGACUGCGGCCGCUGGCACUGCCACGACGUCUGCUCCCACCACGACCAAGACUGGUGGCGGCAGCCCUGGUCGCGAGGUCCAGGGAAUGGGCAUUGGCCUUGUUGGUGUCCUUGUCGGAUUCUUCUGGUGGAUGUAA